AUGGCAAUGGCAAAGAAGAAUCCGAGUCAUUAUGACUUAGACAUGUGUCAAGAAUCUACAAAAUUGGCUUGUUUGGCCGCCCCAUCAAAUGAGGCAUACACAAUUUAUAUUGAAGCUAUGAAUGCUCUCCACAAGAAGCUCCAAAAAGUAGUUUCUCAUGUGCCUCCAAUCGAUGUUUGUGAUGAUAGAGAUAAUUUACAUUCUAUUGAGCCAUCUCAGAUAUUGCUUUCGGCUCCAAACAUCUCACUAACCAAGGCUAGGAAAAAGGAUGUGAAGGGAAAAGGUGCUAGUAUAAACUCUGGAAGAUUGAAAAGUGGUAUGGAGUUGGCAUUAAGCAAGAAGAAAAGAAAGUGUAACUUGUGCAAAAAUUCAGGACAUGAUAAAAGGACUUGUCCUUCAAAUCCAAUGAGUAAAGCUAACAAAUCCUUAGAAGUGAAAGCACAAUAUUCUAAUAGUGACCAAGAGUUUACUUAAUGAGGAGAUGGUAAGUCAAAACUUGUUGCUUAACAUUUGCAUGCACAAAUCUUGUUACUUGAUGAAAGUGUAACUUCGUGUUUUGUACAGGUCAAACAUCGUUGGAGCGAAGGCUAGGAUUGCUCUGAAUAACCAUGGAGUAUUUUUGUAAGUCAACUCAUGGAGUCGUAUAGUAUUUGAGAUGCUGAUUUUGUUUUGUUUCAGAAUGUUGAUUAAGUAGGUUACUUGAUGCUGUGUUUUGUAAAGAAAAUGAAAAUGUUUAGGAACUUGUGAGGUAUUUCUGGGUUCUUGUUUGA